GUCGUUCUCACUUCUCUCACUCAGCUCAUAGCACACAGCCUUGGAGGGUUAUUUUAUAGUUUAGGUAACACCGCGGAGUAUGAAUCCCAUCUGACCAAAGGAAAGUCCUCGUCGCGAUCUCUUCUUUAUCCCGCGAUUGUCCUUUUCCUUUCUUCUGCUCGUCGUCUCCCCCUCCCGCCCGCGCUCCAGUUCCUCCACCCAAGUAGUGAACUACUUCAAUACAGAUAGUUCCAAUGGAUCCUAGUAUGAAACAACUGCAGCAGGCUCUAGUCGAGAUUGAAACUGAAGCUGAGCAUCUUCUUUUGGCGCGUAAUCAGAUGGUUGAAAAUGACAGAUUGAGGAAUGGUAACAGAGAAGCCUUAACAGCUCUCCGUAAGAGAGCACGCACAACAAAGAGUAGUGUUCCAUCUCCUUUUGAGGCAAUAAUGAAAGAAAUAGAGGAAACUAAAUCGAAGGAAUUAGUAAAGGAGAUAUGCCCAACUUGUGGAAAUCAUGACACGAAGGAACAUACAUGGAUGAUGUUUCCAGGGUCUGAUAUUUUUGUCCGCAUGCCUUUUCAUGCGGUGCACACCGUUUUGGAGAAAGAUCAAGAACGACUGGACUACGACACCAAGAAACUACAGAGCUAUGUUAAGGAGAAAACAUUCAUAAUUUCAGAAAAAGGAGCUCUUGCUGACAGGUUCAGUCCUGGCAUCCUUAGUUCUCUUGUCACCCUGACUGAUAAAUCCAGAUAAAUUUUGGGGAAGCAUGGGUACACUAUUGCAAUUGUAUUCCUGUUUCUUGGACUUUACACUUUAUUGUAAUUCAUCUUUCUUAUGAAUGGUAGCCCUUCAUUCUAUGGGCUUACGUGCAAACACACUUGCUAGCGUUAAACUGGCAAAGGGUGCAAUGUUGUUGUUGUGUCUAUUCCCAAUGCUUUAGAAAUUGAAAUAAAGAAAAUUACUUUGCAUAGCAUAGAA